AUGUAUUCUACACCCACCCGUCACUUAUUCUUCUUCGCGUCCGUUACGGACCGCUACGGGCCGCCUUCUGUCAAUAAACACCUCGCUGCCGUGUUCUUCCCAAUUCCACAUAUCUGUAUAGUUCAUAUUGCACUCUCCUACUAUUGCAUAUGCCUAGAAAACGUUCGGCGCCUGUUUCCGGUCACCACCGAUGUAAUAUCUGUCGGCGUGACUGGCCGGAUUUCGAAUUUUUCAGGCCGCUUGAUCCCCCCGGGCGUGGCUCUCCUCCAUGGAAGUCUUGCUUCACCUGUUGACGCCAGAGCCAGCUUCGGCGUGGGUGAUGAUUACCAGCAGUCUGCUUCAAUCCUUGCAAACACUCCACCUCCGGCGGACCUAACAGAUAUACAUAAUGCCGGUUAUGAUGAGGAUUUUCAAGCCGGUGUCUCGGAUGAUGAGGAUGAGCCACCCGCUGCAGCCCCCCCUCUGCCGAUUUCUGUUGGGAACACGUCCGUUUACCGGGGCUACCGGUCUCAGCUUCACCGUAUGAGGCCGCUGAAUAUAGGCCGGAUGGACCUAGAGUGCCCUGAUUGUCAUGGGCUACAUUGGAAGGCUGAACGGGAUAAAGGGACGUCCAUUGCUGCCCCGAAAUUUGGCAAGUGUUGCGGCGGGGGAAACAAUUUUAUUCCACCCGUUGAGGUGCCUACGUUCCUACAACGGCUGUUCAACGGCAGUGAUCAUGAUAAUGGAAGGCAUUUCCGCCAGAAUGCCCGCCUGUACAACUGUGCAUUCAGCAUGACAAGUUUCAAUGCAGGUGAGGAUCCUCGGUUGAAGGGCCAGCACGGCCCGUUUCAGAUACAGGGCCAGUUAGUACACUUCCUUGGCCCCCUGCUGCCGGAUGCAGACAGGCCUCCUGCCUUUGCUCAACUAUGGAUAUACGAUCGUUUGACGGAUGCGGCGCGGGAUAGAAACCGCGCAUUGGCAACUGCUGUCCGUUGCACGCGUUUUUCGGACCUAAGACCAGGUAUUGUUGGUGAGCUAACAGAGUGGUUUGAGCUGCAUAAUCGUUUUUCCCAGCAGUUUAUGUCCGCUACGGAGCAGCUAUUUGCCAACGAGGCCCGGGGCACGCCUGCUGAGUUGUUGCUUGGACCUGGAAUUAAUUUGGUGGCCGUAGAAGGUACAGAUAAGCGCCGCUAUAAUCUGCCGCGGGAGGGAGAGCAGGUGGCUGCACUGCUGAUUGAUCCAACCGUAAAUGAUCUGGACCAUGGCACGUUUCGCGAAGUCAUCUUGCAGUUGCGCCACCCAGUUAAUGGCAGCGGGUUAAAGCGCAUUGAUCCAAGCCAUGCUGGCUAUCUGCCAAUGCAAUACCCGCUGUUCUUUCCAUAUGGAGAUGAUGGAUGGCACUGGGGCUGCCGCCGUCUUGACGGGUUACGACUAUCGGCCCGUAUGUAUCAUGCCUACCGGGUCCAUAUCCGCCGCCGUGAGUUCAGCCCCUGGCAUUACGGGGGCCGGCUCUGGCAGCAAUACUUGGUUGAUGCGUGGGGUACAAUUGAGCAGGCCAAAUUAGAAUGGAUCCGGCAUAACCAGACCACCAUCCGCGCAGAGCUGUAUUCCGGUUUGACGGAUGCUCUUGCUGCUGCCGACGGUGAUGUUUUGGUUGCAAAUAACACUGGCCAGCGGGUUAUCUUGCCCUCUAAUGUGGUUGGCACGCCCCGGUAUAUGCAGCAGCUGUUCCAGGAUGCAAUGGCAAUCUGCCAGUUCUAUGGUCCACCAUCUCUAUUUAUCACAUUCACUGCCAAUCCGGCGUGGGAUGAGGUCACCCGAGAACUACGGCCCGGCGAGACGUGGGAGGAUCGGCCGGAUAUAGUGUCGCGUGUUUUCAAUAUUUUGCGGGCCGAAAUGGUUGAUGAGCUCUGCAAAAAGAAAUUAUUUGGAGUCGCGCCAGGCCGUUUCUUUACUAUUGAGUACCAGAAACGUGGCUUGCCCCAUAUGCACUUGGUUCUCUUUCUAGAGGAGCGCGAGCGCUUUCUAGAUGCAGCUCAUAUUGAUGAGAUGGUCUCUGCUGAGUUGCCAGACCCGCGAGAGGAUCUGGAAUUAUAUAAGUUGGUAAAGAAGCACAUGAUCCACGCGCCUUGCGGACCGGUAUACAAUUCGAGAGCCCCCUGUUGUGAUAAACACUCUGAUUCGAACAUGAUCUAUUGCACGAAACGGUUCCCCAAGGCUGAGCAGUAUGAGACCCAACCUAUCGAGGAGGGCUAUCCCCUAUAUCGUCGACGGGCGGAUCCAAGGGGCGCAUACCGGAUCAAAGCCAAGAACAAUGAUAUGGUCCGCAUCGACAACACGUGGGUUGUGCCUUACAACCCGUAUCUGCUCAAGCGCUUCCGUUCUCACAUCAAUGUGGAGGUCUGCCGGGGUGUUGACGUGAUUAAAUAUAUCACUAAAUAUAUCUACAAGGGUCCGGACCGCGCGUCGAUGAGAUCGAAGGUUGCGGACGAGGUUGAUCUCUAUCUAGAUGCCCGUUAUGUCGGCGCAUCCGAAGCUGUAUGGCGCCUGCUCCGCUUCCCACUACACCAGGAGUGGCCACCUGUAACCGCGCUGCAUGUCCAUGAGCCGGCCCGUCAUUUAGUCUACUACAACAGCAAUGCUGGAAUGAGAGAGUUGGAGGACUGUAUAGAUGGCGGAAAGUCAAUGUUAAUGGGAUUCUUUGAAUACAAUGCCCAUGCUGCUAAUCCGGCAAAUGCCGCGCUGGCAUUGAAUCGCUACCUGUACGCGAAGAUGCCUCAGUUCUUUACUUGGGAUAAAGCGGACCGGAUUUGGCGUCCGCGAACCCGAAAUCGAUUUGCCAUUGGCCUCUGCGUGGGACCUGUAUCAUUCGAAGAUCUGCGGACGCAUGAUGGCAUUCUCUAUCCCACUUUCAAGGCCGCUUGCAAUGCUCGCGGGCUGUUAAAGGAUGACCGCGAGUGGCAUCAUGCCUUUGAAGAGUCCGUUGGAUCCGCUAUCGGCGCGCAGUUACGGACAUUGUUCGUGGUGGCUCUGACCAGCGGUACAUUGAAUGACCCGCCAUGCCUGUGGGAGGAGUUUAAGUGCCGGAUUUGCAGCGAUUUGGAGCACUAUGAGAUCCGACGGAUGGAUAAUCCGCCUGAUAUUGAGGACCGUCAUAUUGAUUACGGCCUCUUCAUAAUCGCGCGUAUGUUGGCGGAGCAUGGCGAACGAGAGACGCUGGAUAGGUAUGGAUUGCCUCUAUGGACGGCCGCAUGGGGCCGUCUGGAGCCGCAAACGGACGUGUUGGUGCCUUUUAUUCCUCCAGUAGAUCUGGCUCGGCGGGUGGAUGCUCUGAUUCCCUCCCUUAAUAUUGAUCAGCGCCGUCAUUUUGAUACAGUGUCAGCGGCUAUGGCUGACCGGUCCGGUGAAUGUUUCUAUUUGCAGGGCGCCGGGGGAACAGCCCAGGGCAAGACAGUCCUCUGUAUUGCCUCAUCCGGUAUUGCUUCGCUGCUGCUCCCUUACGGACGAACAUCCCAUUCUACUUUUGGCAUCCCGCUGGCUCUGCAUGAGGAAUCAACCUGCGCUGUAACCCUCCGCAGCACGCGAGCACGUGUGUUAGCGGGUGUGGACCUUAUAAUCUGGGAUGAGGCCCCUAUGCAACAUCGACAUGCUUUUGAGGCUGUUGAUCGUCUCCUGCAGGAUAUCCUUAAGGUUAAACAGCUAUUUGGAGGCAUAUCUGUCCUUACAGGUGGUGAUUGGCAGCAGUGUCUUCCUGUUGUGCCUAAGGCACCUCGCGCCGGCAUUAUAUCCGCCACCCUGCGCAGAUCCUAUAUCUGGCCAAGGUUACGGGCUAUUUUACGGCUCACCCAGAAUAUGCGUCUCCCGUCAGUUGGCAUUAAUCGCCUAUUCUCCCAGUUACUCGCUCGCAUGUCUGUUGAUAAUACAAUGCAUGGUACUUUGGAGCUGCCGGACUAUGUAAUGGAUAGCGCGUCCAUGUCCGUUGAGGAACUCUGCGAGCGGGUCUUUCCGGCAGCAGAUAUGACCCAUUGUCACACUGCCGACUUUCAGGCGUCUGACCCGGACUUUUUUGCGGGCCGUGCAAUACUCUCAAUGCGAAACUCUGCCUUGGUUGAGUUCAAUGACCGUAUUACGGACUCCAUGCGCAGUCAGGAGUCUAUGCGGUAUUCCGCUGACGAGGCCUUAACGGACAACGUUGCUGAAGGGGUGGAGGAAAUCACCCAUGAGUUCCUGCAAUCUGUGGAUCUGCCAGGUCUUCCCCCAGCAAGAUUACGAUUGAAGGUUGGUAUGCCAAUCAUGUUGCUGCGGAAUUUACGGGCUACAGAGGGUCUUUGCAAUGGUACGCGGAUGCAGAUUGUGGAGUUAUGCCGCUAUACAAUCCGCGCGCGCAUCUUGACGGGUGACUUCAGAGGCUCAGUGCAUCUCAUCCCCCGGAUUACCCUGUAUUCAAAGCCUGGCGAUCUGCAUUAUGUGCUGUCACGAACACAGUUUCCGGUCCGUCCAUGCUUUGCAAUCACCACAAAUAAGUCUCAGGGUCAGUCUUUGCAGCAGGUAGGUGUGGAUUUGCGGGUCCCUGCUUUCUCCCAUGGUCAGUUAUAUGUGGCAAUGUCGCGGGUUACAGAUGUGCGGCGACUUAGCGUCUUGCUGCCGCCAGGUGUUCGGACCACUAAUAAUGUUGUUUACCCCGAGGUCUUGCAGGAUAUUGCAAGCUUGGAUGACGUGCCAGAUUGGGAUGAUGGUAUGGUUACGGACGAGGCAGCCUAA